AUGCUCUCUGCACCUUCCCCCUUUCCUCUUUACCUUCUUCCAUCCAUUCCGUUCCGCCGGCGGCGCUCCAGCACCGAAACCACCGGCACCGUCAGUUCCGAAACCUCCUCGUCUCCCCCAGACGACGCCGCCGCCGCCCCAACCAACUACCUGCGCGGCAACCGCUCGCACCUGCGCUGCACGCGCUGCCUGACGGACCUCUGCCUGACAUCGCAGAUCAUCAGCAAGGGCUUCACCGGCCGCCACGGCCGCGCCUACCUGGUCGCGCCGCCGCGGCCCUACCCCAACACGACGACGUCGGCCGGCGACGACGCGCGCGGCGGCGGCGCCGUCUCGCACCGCGACAACAACCUGCCCAACACGUACGCCCACAAGCCCGUGCCGCGCCAGCUCGUCACCGGCGCCCACACCGUGUCCGACAUCAGCUGCGCCCUGUGCGGCGCCGUGCUGGGCUGGAAGUACGUCGCCGCCGAGGAGGAGAGCCAGAAGUACAAGGUCGGCAAGUUCAUCCUCGAGACCAAGCGCGUGUGCCGCGGCGUGUGCUGGGAGAACGAGGACGGCGACGGCGAUGCCGCCUCGUCUUUGACCCCCGUCAGGCCCGCCGGCGACGCGAGCAGCGAGGACGAGAGCGUAGAGUUCGACAGCCAGGACGAGGACGAGUGCGAGGACCUGUUUGCGGGCGUGUGGAGCCCCGCGCUGGCGAAGCGUAGGCGGAGGGGCCGCGCUUGGAGGGAGGGCAGGGGCGGCACCGGUGGUGUGGAAGAGGUCUGA